GACGGCCAAGUGCAUCCAUCAGCUGCUCAAGGACUACGGCGCUGAACAACCACUUCCAACCGUGUUCUUUACUGAUAGUAUAAACGCCCAGAUAAACGUUAUGAACCCCCUCAAUAUAGCUAGGACUCGCUGCAUUGACAUAGGCUACAAAUGGGUCAUUGACAGGGUGAAGAAGGGCCUGAUCAAGGUUGUGCACAUCCCCGGCCGAAAUGGCAGCAGAUGGCCUUACAAAGCCGCUCAACACCGAGAAACACUCACAAUUUGUCAAAAUGCUCAGAGUGGAGGCAAGGAAAGUGCCCUGAAUGCGUUUCUACAUAGAAAGCCCUCAGCGAGGACUGACACAUAAAGUGCCCUGCAACGCAGUAACCCACUUCCGGAAGGAAGAAAACACCACGAAAGCGAUUUUAGGCUUUUGGGCACUAUUUACAGCUUCACUUUGGAAGGUUCAGUGUUACAAUCUGGAGAACAGGUCCACGGAGCUAGGCCCGGCCUAGGAUUGUGGGGGUCUGGACGGCAGGUAGGAGAUGACAGGAGACAAGGAGUAUCGUGC